AAUUUAAUACAUAUGGUUUAUUUUUCUUUUGUUGAGCUGUAUUUGAAACAAAAAUAGGAUAUUUCAUAAAAUCUUGCAAAAACAUGGUUGGCUGUUUGCACAGAUAAACAGAUUAUCAAUUUAAAUAGAAGCAUAAUACAAUUUUUUUUAAAUAUUAUUAAAAUCAUUACAAUAUACUGUACUGCACUGUGUGUUGAAUGAUAUGACAUAUAAUAAAGUCAGCAAAAAGAUGAUACAAGUUAAUAGAGUAUAUUAUAGUAACAUUUUUAUUUAAAUUAAUAAAAAAAAGUGCAUUUAAUUGGAUAAAUAAAAGCUUUUCAUAUGGUUUGGUAAUAAUUCCUUUUAUUUUUUUUCUGGUUUGUUAUUUGUUACUUCACAUUACAGGUUUUGCUGUGCCUGAAAAAUAAUUACUUUGGUUUUGAGUAUUCACUGUUCAGUUCUGCUCAUUUAGUUAACAAGGUUCAAACUCUUAUAAAAAUAAUAAUAAAUAAAUAAAAACGUAUGAAACACACGAAGAAAAGUGCGAUAAAAGUGUAUGCCAGAGUUAGACCAUCGCUAAUGAACAUUAGUCAUCAUUAUGAUGUACAGAAGCAAUCUGUAAAUUCUGAAGACAGAGAUCUAUUGGUACUCUAUGGCAUUCCUGAUCAUAAAGAUGGAUGUAAAUAUGGAUUUUUGUAGGUUUCAAAAAGUUUUCAAAGAAACUGCAAGACAGUGUGACCUUUAUGAAGUUGUAGCUAAACCUGUUGUUGAAAGAGUUUUCAAUGGUUACAAUGGAGCGAUUCUCGCUUACGGACAGACAGGCACUGGGAAAACACAUAGUAUAACUGGUGGGAGUGAUAAUUCUUCAAAAGGGAUGAUUCCAAGGGCUUUUAAUGGAAUGUUUAAGCUGAUAAAAAAUGCUCCUGAGAAGGAAUAUUCUGUGUCAAUAUCCACCAUGGAAAUUUAUAAUGAACUGUGCUAUGAUUUACUCAGUGAAGAAGGGAGCAACCACGAGGGUUUUACAAAAGUUUUGUUGUUGGAAGAUGCAGCUGGGACAGUAAAGUUGAGAAACUUAUCAGAGCAUAAAGUUUUUGAGAUGAAAGAAGUUGAUCGACUUCUAAAAAAAGGAAUGACAAACAGAACUGUUGCUGAUACACCGAUGAAUCCAGUCUCAUCUAGAUCUCAUUGUAUUUUUACAUUGCACUUACGGCAACGAGUAAAGCCUGGAGAUAGAAAAUGUGUGAAAUCAAAGUUACACAUGAUUGAUUUGUCAGGUUCUGAGCGUGUAUGGAAAAACAAUACAAGUGGGCUGUUACUCCAUGAAGCAAAGCACAUCAAUUUAUCACUACACUAUCUAGAACAAGUUAUAAUUGCUCUAUCUGAAAGACAACGGCUUCAUGUGCCAUACAGGAAUUCAACUAUAACUUCAUUGUUGAGGGAUUCACUCGGAGGCAAUAGCCACACUGCUAUGGUAUUCACAUUGUCACUAGAGCCGAACAAUUUUCAUGUACAGAAGGAAACUCUUUCUACUUGUCGUUUUUCACAAAGGGUAUCACUUGUCAAGACACAUAGUCAAAAGGUCAUUGACUACUCUAGUGAUACAGAAGAGGAGUUGGUCUUUCUUCGUUCUGAAGUCGAUAGGUUACGAAAGAUUAUUGGAAAGAUGAAAAUUGGAGUAGCAUUAAAUGAAGAUGAAGAAAAUCCAACUAAAAAUAAAGCCGAAGCAGAAGAUAAUUAUGAAGAAGACAGUUUUGAAGAAUAUGAUGAGAAAGCUAGCUGUUCUUCAGACCAGGAAUUUUGUAAAAUUGCCUGCAAUAUUGAGUCCAUCCAGAUGGAAAAUGUUACGAUGCCAAACGUUCCGCUUGAAGAUGAAGUGCUGUCAAAAAGCACAAUCAGAGAUGUUGAACUGCCAAAGAUUUCACUGGAAGAUGCAUUGAAAAGCAUUCCACUUGAAGAUGUGUUAAAAAACAUUCCAUUGGAACCAAAUGAAUCAGAAGCAAUGUCUGUUUUAUCAAGUGAAAACAACAAAAAAGUUGCAGUGGAAUCUCCUGCCCCUAAACACAUUGAACCAUUUCGGCAAAAUCAUUGUGUGGGAUUACAAGGAGAAAAUGAGAUCAGUUUGUCAUUUGACUUCAAAAGCACUGUUUCUCACAUCAAUCGAGGAAUUUUGAUGCUGACAACUCUUUUAAGACAUGUAUCUUCAGUAUUAACAAUACAAGAGGAAGAGAGAAUAAAAAUGUUUGAUGUAGAAAAAUUAAGUAACAUAAUGGGGCUUACACUACCACACAUAAAUCCAAACACCGGUGAACCUUAUACCGAUGAAAAACGUGAGGCAUUUACAACGUUUUUACACCUGAAAAAAUCCAACAGAGCAUUGUAUUUGUAUGCUGAAAUGCAUAUAUCGUAUUUCUCCCAAUUGGAAGCAGAAUGGCAACUUUGGAAAAAAGUCAGUUCUCUAAUGCCAGAACUUGAUUUGUUAGAAAAAGAAUUACAAAAUGCGCAGAGCAAAGGUGAAUUUCCUGAUGUAUUAGAGACUUUAGAAAUUGCAUAUAUUCAUAAAAAACGCAAGUUGGAAAGGGCAAAAGAAAAACUCGAGCUUCUAAGUAAAGAACGAUUCGAUAGCUUAAGAAUGUUCAGAGAUGCAAAACAGUCACUGUUGAAAAGCUUUGAACUCUGGUGGGAUGAAAAAGGUUGUCAGCUUCCAAUAGAAACAGUCCAGACUAAGAAGACAAAAAGUUUAAUGAGAUUAAGGAAAUGGUCUGAGAACCUAAGGAUGCCAUCAAGUACAAAACAUGGCACAGAAAAUAGGAAAAGUACUGAUAACAUAAACAUUCUUAAGUCAGUAUCUGAAGAACAACCAAAUUGGUCUAUGAGAAAAAAUGAGAAACCCCUAAUGAUAAAAGGGAAUAGUGAUGACAUAAAAACUAAUAUUCAUUUAGGAUUUAUUCGUGAGACCUCAAGUUCUCAAAAUUGUUUCAGUCUCAACAAGAUUUCCAAAGAUAUAUCAGAUGGCCAAGUGUUAAAUAGAAGAACUGUAAGUGCUCAUGUCAUGAAUUUUGAUUCAGGCAAGGCUGAAGUAAGUGUAUCUCGUGGGGAAAAUGCUUCCGCUAAAGAAGAACCCUCACAGCCUGAAGAACACAGUGCACAGUUAUGGCAAAAUGAAGUAAGGGAGAUAUUAAAAAACAGCGAUGAAAAAUUGCCUUAUUCUCACCAUUCUGGUGGAAAACUUAGCCAACGUUCUUCCCCUAAUUCUUCAGCCACCAUGAUUCAUGAAUUGUCAAAACAAAAGGCAAGUUUACCAAAUAUCCGCAGCAUUGAUAUCAAGCUAACAGGAGAUUCAGAUAUUGAUAAAGAGAUAAUGAAUUUCUACAACAACAGAGCUGGGACAUGAAGAUAAUGGCCAAAUGUACUUGAUUAUUGUACCAUUUUGUAUUAUAAAAAAUGUAAAAAUAACCAAUAAAUAACUAUUGGUAUAAA